AUGGCUUCCCCUAGCGUUCUCACCUUUGACGCUGAGGGUCGGGCUGUGGACUUUGAGGUCUGGGUAGAUGAUCUGCAGCUUUUUCUGCAGUGCGAUAGGGCAGACGGCCUCUCCCUGUUUCACCUCACUUUUGGUGCCUUCCCUGCCCCUGCUGCUGAUGCUGAUGCCACUGUUUGCUCUCAGUGGGCCACACGUGAUGCUGCUGCUCGCCUUGCUGUUCGCCGCCACUUACCGACCACUGAGCGUGCGCAAUUUAGCCAGUACAAGAGUGCUCAGACCUUGUACGACGCUGUAGUUGCACGCUACUCUUCCCCUGCCACUGCUGCAGUGAGCCGCCUCAUGCUACCGUUCCUCUUCCCUGACCUUGCUGCCUUUCCCACUGUCGCUGGCCUCAUUACGCACCUCCGCACUCUUGACACUCGCUACCGCGCUGCGCUUCCUGCUGAGUUCUGCGCCAAGAACCCCCCCCCCCCCCCCAUGUACAUCACCCUCUACUACAUAGUCACCCGGCUCCCUGACUCUCUUCGCGGGUGUUCUCCCUCCCCCCUCUUGCCCUUUGUCGCCUCUGCUGCUGCGGCCGACCUCGUUGGUUUCGAGUCGGUCGGCGCUGCGUCUGCCCUGAGUGGGAGACGCCGCACCGGCAAGGGCAAGGGGGGCAAGGGCUCUGGAGGGGGUGGAGGGGGCGGUGGAGGUGGUGGUGGAGGCGUUGGAGGGAGUGGGGGUGGUGGUGGGAGUGGUGCCGGGGGUGGUGGCGGCGGCGGCGGCAGUGGAGGCGGCGGAGGCGCUGGAGGUGGCGCAGGGAGCAGAGGCGGCGGAGGUAGUGGAGGAGGCGGAGGUGGAGGAGGCGGCGGAGGCGGCGGCGGCGGUGGUGGUGCGAGUCGCGACUCUGCACCGAGGAGUGGCUCCGGUGGUGGUCACCGCCAGCAGCAGCAGCGGAGUGGUGUGACCAUGUCCCCUCAGCAGCUUCGUGAGUGGUACACUGCACGCCAGCGAGGUGGGGGUACUGGUCCCUGCUCCUACGUUCUCCGUACCGGCGACCGCACUGGUGAGCAGUGCGGAGGUCCGCACUCCACCCAGCGCUGCUUUGGUCGCCUGACGGACGCAUGGCGUCGCCAGUUCCCUGAGGCAUCAGAGAACCCUCGCUGGGGAGAUCUGGCCAAGGCCGGGGUUGCUAUAUUUGAUCUUGACUUUGAUGCUAUUCUUGCUACCAUGUAUGCUGUUGCUGAUAGUGUUGAGGGUGCCUGUUACCUGUGUGUACCGCAUGACCCGAGCAUUGAGGCUGCUGCACUAGGUGCUAGUGAGACUGCUGCUCUUGGUGCUAGAGCGUCUGCAGCCCCAGGUGCUGGUGAGUCUGCUCUCUCAGGUACUGCUUCGGCUCAGGCCCUCCACACCUUCACCCUGGACUCGGGUGCAUCCCGCUCCUUCUUUCGAGACCGCACCACUCUUACGCUGCUUAGUCGGCCGGUUGCAGUCUCCCUAGCAGACCCCUCUGGGGGUCCUGUCCUUGCUAGCUUCUCCACUGUCCUUCCGUGCCCUGCAGCCCCCUCUGGCACCCUGUCUGGUCGACACCUGGCCACGUUCACCCGUCGGCCAGGGUCGAGCCUGUACACCCUUACUACUGCGUCUCCUCCUGCUGCUGAGUCUGCCCAGGUAGCUGCGUCGAGUCAGGUGUUUGUUGCGACGUCCAGGUCUGGUCCUGAGUCUGCCCUCUGCUCGUGUCGUCUGCUGUCCAACCAGACUCUCCUUUGGCACCACCGCCUUGGUCACCCCUCCUUGCCUCGUCUCCGAGGCAUGGCCUCCCGUGUCCUUGUCUCUGGUCUUCCUCGGUCUCUUCCUCCCCUUCCUCCAGGGCCUGGCCCUACCUGCGUCCCCUGCGUCGAGGGGCGACAGCGCGCCGCCCCUCAGUCCUCCGAGUUUCCUCCGACAGAGGCUCCGCUGCAGACUCUCCACAUCGACGUGUGGGGCCCAGCCCCCGUCAGUGGGCAGGGACGAGAGCGGUACUUUCUUCUGGUCGUUGACGACUACUCGCGUUACACCACAGUCUUCCCCUUGCGCAGCAAGGGUGACGUCACUGAGGUGUUGAUCGACUGGAUCCGCGCAGCUCGUCUCCAGCUCAGAGAGAGUUUCGGCUCGGACUUUCCUGUUCUCCGUCAGCACUCAGACAGAGGCGGGGAGUUUUCCUCUGCUCGUCUUGGAGCCUUGUGUCAUGCACAGGGCAUCCGCCAAACCUUCACGAUUCCGGCCUCUCCACAGCUAAAUGGGAUUGCUGAGCGCCGCAUUGGCAUGGUCAUGGACGUCGCUCGUACGUCCAUGAUGCAUGCGGUUGCCCCCCAUUUUCUAUGGCCGUUUGCGGUUCAGUACGUCGCGCAUCAGCUUAACCUGCAGCCUCGGUCGGUGCCUUACUACCAUCUCUUCCCCUACCGCACUGCGCCCCUCCCCCCGCCGCCGCUCUUCCUUGCGCCAGGUGCUACCCAGGUAGACCCCCUCCCUCCUCAGGGUCCUGCCCCUUCAGGUGUGUCCCAGGUAGAUGCAAUCGAGCCUGUCGAGGUAGCUGUUGACUCUGGUGCUGCUAGAGGUGCUGAGCCUGCAGGUGCUGGGUCUGCGGGUGCUGGGUCUGGAGGUGCUGAGACUAGGGGUGCUCAGACUGGGGGUGCUGAGACUGGGGGUGUUGAGACUGGGGGUGCUGAGACUGGGGGUGCUGAGACUGGGGGUGCUGAGCCUGGGGGUGCUGAGCCUGGGGGUGCUGGGUCUGCUCGUGUGGCCGCCGGCGGUGCUGUUCGUGCUGGUGCUGCUGGAGUUGGGGCGGCUGGGGGUGUUGGCGCUGGUGUUUCUACUGGUGCUGGUGCAUCUGGGGGUGCUGCUGAGGCAGCUGGUGCUGACGUUUCUACUGGAGUUGGAGCUGCUGGGGGUGUUGGCGCUGGCGGUGCUGCUGGCGCUGGUGCUUCUGAGGGUCGUGGAGUUGGCGCUGUUGGAGCUGGAGGUUCUGCUUGCGCUGGUGCUACCACUGGGGGUCAUGGUGCCGUCCUUGCUGGUUCUGGAGGCGCUGCGCAGCCGAGGCCGUACUUCGUUCCACUCCUGGAGCAGGUUCUUUGUCUCCCUCCCUCUAGUGGUCCUGCUCCUCCCUUAGAGUGUCCGCAGCCUGUCCGGUUGCAAUCCCAGUUACAGCCCGCCUCCCCGCUACGUGCUCCUUCUCCCUACACUGGUCCUAGUGGAGGUCUUGCUGAGCGUCGUGAGCCUGCGUCUCGUCCUGCGUCGCCUGUUCGUGCUGCUCGCACUAGUGGUCGUACUGUGCGUCCGCGUCCUCCUGCAGUCCCCGGCACACACCUGAUGGCACUGCGUCCGUCCACUGCUCCUCUGCGUGUCCCUUUGCCGUCUCCUCAAAAGUCCUCUCUUCCUUCGCUUGCUGAACCGGAGUCCGACUCCCUUCGUGCUGCUAGUCCUUCGGUCACGCGCCUUCUUGCUACUGUUGUCACUGACCCUACCUUUGAGUCCACUGCUGCGUCUUCUCUAGUUGCUGAGCUUGUCGACUUCGCUGCUCGCUGCCGUCUAGAUUACGCUGCCACUCUUGUUGCUGCGUCUGAAUCUGUCUGUCCUCCGUCCGUCAGGGGUGAGUGUGCUCUUAGCACGGACGUCCUUGAGGACAGGCAGGAGGAGUUCCGGUGCUUUGCGGCUGCUUUGCCCCAUCUCGUGUCCUCGCUGAUUGCCCCUGAGGGAGACUCGGACGCACCAGACAUCCCGACUCCUCGAUCGUACGCUGAGGCGAUCGAGGGUCCCUACUCCUCUCAGUGGCAGUCGGACAUGGACGCAGAGAUGGCUUUCUGGAAGUCCACAGGCACCUACAUCGACGAGGUUCCCCCACCAGGGGCGAACAUCCUCAGUGGCAUGUGGAUCUUCAGGGUGAAGCGACCGCCUGGCUCUCCGCCUGUCUUCAAGGCGCGUUACGUGGCUAGAGGCUUUAGUCAGCGGCACGGAGUUGACUACUUUCAGACCUUCUCUCCCACCCGGAAGAUGACCACUCUUCCGGUGCUGCUGCACAUAGCCGCUCAGCGCGACUACGAGCUUCACUCUCUUGACUUAAGCACAGCUUUCCUGUAG